AAAAAUAAAGAGAGAAAAUGUAAAAGUCAUUGGCAUUUGAAUAAAGAAGCUAACUUUCCUCAUAUACAAUCUUUUCUUCUUUUCAUUUCUUGGCUGAUGUUUUUAUUAGACAGACCCCAUUUUCAUAUAUUCAUUCAUUAAACUUUAUUUAUUCAUUUUUUUUGUUAUUGGUAUAUAUCAUCACAAACCAUCAUCAACAAUCAAAACGGUUAGUUAUAUAUCAUAUAGUAUAAUAGAUGUCUUCUAAUACGAGCUACUACCGAUCGCCGUUCGGAGACACGACCUUCACAAAAGUGUUCGUCGGAGGCUUAGCAUGGGAGACUCCGACCGAGGAAAUGCGUCGUUACUUCGAGCAGUUCGGUGAGAUUCUCGAAGCAGUCAUCAUCACCGAUAAGAUCACCGGCAAAUCUAAAGGCUAUGGUUUCGUCACGUUUCGAGAGCCAGAGUCAGCGACAAAGGCAGUAGCCGAUCCAAAUCCUGUGAUCGAUGGAAGAAAGGCAAAUUGUAAUAUUGCGUCUUUUGGACAGCCCCGACCAUCGACGCCUCGAGGGAGAGGACAAGGAGGAAGCCCUAGUCAGUAUCAAGGCAGAGGACAAUCAGGCUAUUCCGGAAUGCCUGGUUCACUGCAGCAAGCUGCGACUGCCCAGCUCAUGUAUCCGUCGUACGGGUACACCUACAAUUCUGAAUAUGGGUACCACCAAGCAUUAUACAACACACAACUCCAACAAGCACAAGCACAAUACUACCAACAGCAAAUGUACGGCGGAGGAGCAACAUCACCAUCAUCUUCCAACAUCAUGCCUUCUCCUUACUAUUACCUCCAAGCUCCAAGCCCUAGACCAUAUUCUCAUCAGCAUUAUGCUCAUCAUAUUAACCAUCAGCAGCAACAGCAACAACGCUUAACUUCUGCUUCUUCUUACCUAAUCCACCCAUCCAAUUUCGGGGUUCCUACUACUUUCUCUAAUGCCCCUUCUUCCCAAGAGCCAAUAUCUUCUUCAACCGGUACGUCAUUAAGUAGUUCAGUGUUCUGUUUGCUCAAACGACAUUGUUUAUCACCAUGCAUGUCCAAUGUGAAAAUGCAUUCAUCAUCGAACCAUGAUCCAAGUCCCCUAAGUACUACAUCGUAUUGUAGAAACAAUAAAACGAAAUUGCUAGUGAGAUCAUGCAUAUAUAAGAGUACGGAAGAUUAAAUGGAAUGUUAUAAAAAGAGAGUGAAUGAUUGGGCACAUGGGAUAUAUGCAAUUGCGUCAUGUCCAUGUGAACUGUGCUGUCUAUUUUUUUUUCCCUCACAUCUGUCUACCGUCCAUCAUGGGUCAUACAUGUUUAUAUAUACACGAGUAUGUGCAUGCAAUAUGCAUAAACCAAUAGUCUUGCAUGUGAAUUUCUGCCACUCUUUUUAUUUCAUUGAUUCUCAAGAUCUAGUCACAACUCACAAGGGAGAAGGGUGGUCCACUCUAUAUUUAAGCAAUUAUCCAAACUUCUUUUGCAGAGGGUCGACCAAAAAAAUCAAUUCUAUAUGAGGAAUUGCAGAUUGAUUAUUUAUUUAAAAAUUGGUCCAAAACUGUGGUUUUUUGUUUUCAUCAGAAUCACAAGCACCACAUCAAGUCUCUGGAGGAGGAGAAAUCGAUGUAACGGAUGCACCU